AGUAUUCGAGAUCGAUUAUUCACUGAAGGCAAUAACAGUUUGGAGCUCAUAGAGGUUAGGUGUAACUAAAAUUCUCUCUCUCUCUUUCUGUAAAGUUUGUUCUAAUUAUAAUGGAAUCUAAUUAUAAUGGAUAUCUAAUUAUAUUGGAACAGAAUAUCAAGUCGUUUGUGAAUAACAGUUAAACAUAUCAAUUAGUUACUUAUAGAAGAAUUACUUGGGAACAGGAGAUAACAUCAAUCAUAACAAUAUGGAUGAUCAAGCGUGUCCACGAUGCAAAACCACCAAAUAUCGAAAUCCAUCAUUAAAAAUGAUGGUGAAUGUUUGUGGUCAUACAUUAUGUGAGAGUUGUGUGGAUCUACUCUUUUUAAAAGGUUCCGGAGCUUGUCCAGAAUGUAAAAUUCCAUUGAGAAGAACAAACUUCCGAGUUCAAAUGUUUGAAGAUUCAAUGGUUGAAAAGGAGGUGAAUAUAAGGAAACGUAUUCUGCGAGAUUUUAACAAAAGAGAAGAAGACUUUUCUUCAUUGAGGGAAUAUAAUGAUUACUUAGAGGAAAUUGAAACUAUAAUAUACAAUUUGGCAAAUAAUAUUGAUGUAGCCGAAACAAAUAAAAAGAUAGAGCUGUAUAAAAAGGAUAACAAGGAACAAAUAGCAAAGAGUAAGUCUAAAAUUGCCAGAAGCGAGUAUGAAUUAGACGAGAUGAUAGAAUUAGAAAAGCAAAAGGAAGAAGAAAAGAGGAAAGAACUUGUGAAAGAAGAGAUAGAAGCAAAGAAGAGAAAGAUUCGUGACAAAGCAGCUCUGAUAGAUGAACUAUCGUUCUCUGAUUCAAAUGCUACAAGUAUCAUUGAGUCUUUCACUUCGGUGAUACAAAAGAAAGAGGCAAAAGUUCCCGUUAAAGCUACUCAAUUUAGUACAGGAAUUAAAUUUGGUAAUCAAGGAAAUCAAAGCUAUUUAUCAGUGCCAAAGAUAGAAGAGGGUCCUCUCUAUUCUUAUACACCCAUUCGACAACAAAUAGAAGGUCCAUCACCACCUGGUUGGCGAGAAAUUCAAGCUCGUGGAUAUGUUUCACACGUACGUAAUGAAUGCGAUCGAGACAGAGCAGGAGGGUUUAAGGCACAUGUUGCAUGUCUACGAGCAUUGCAGGAAGCAAUGGCUGGCUUAUACCAUAAUCCUUCACAACGACAGGCAGAGUUUGCAACUGUAUGACUACAUAAAUUAUUUUCAAACAUUGAAUAUGAUAAUAUUUUUGGUUCUGUUUUGAUUAUUUGAUAAACACUAAUUUAAUAAGACAUUAAUUUAAGAAUUAUUUCUGUAUGUGACGUGUAAUAUCAAUUCAGAAGUGACUAUGUGUGCCUUGAACAUAAAUUGUUUUGUGCAUAUGUGU